GGCGCAAAAAAGAUGGAUAAUGUAAAAAAUGAGGAGUAAGUGCUCAACGCCAAGAAUAUACGGCUCGUCGUUUACGAGACCACACCUCCCGCUACCGACCUACCAUAAGGUCCACGACACUUCAAAUUUCUGUUUUUCUGACCGUAACCCGUUUCUCUCGCACAAUCGCUAUUACUGGCAGUAUCACAUUGCCGUAGCUGGAACCAUGAGCAAAGCCUACCGCGAGGCAGAACGGCGAGUCCUCCGCCUUCUCCACGGCCACAGAACCCGAACCCAGCUUCCCCAAAUUCACGCCCACUUCCUCCGCCAUGGUCUUGACCAAUCCAAUCAAGUCCUCGCCCACUUCGUCUCCGUUUGCGGGUCCCUUGACAAAAUGGCUUAUGCAAAUCGCAUCUUUCUCCAAACGUACAACCCAAAUAUUUUCCUCUUCAAUUCCAUGAUCAAAGGCUAUUCACUUUGUGGACCCUUUGAACAGUCUCUCCAUCUGUUUUCUCUUUUGAAAAGUCGCAGCAUUCGGCCUGAUGAAUACACGUUUGCGCCAUUGCUUAAGUCGUGUUCUGGUCUUUGUGGUUUCAAAAUUGGGAAAUGUGUUCAUGCAGAUAUUAUUAGAGUCGGGUUUGAGUGUUUUAGUUCUAUUCGAAUUGGGAUUAUAGAGUUUUACGUGACUUGUGAGAGAAUGGAUGAUGCUACGAAGGUGUUCGACGUAAUGUCUUACGGGGAUGUAGUGGUUUGGAAUUUGAUGAUUCGGGGUUUCUGCAAGAUGGGUAACACUGAUAUGGGGCUACAUUUGUUUAGGCUGAUGACUGAACGGAGCAUUGUUUCUUGGAAUUCAAUGAUUUCUUUCUUAGCACAGAGUGGACGAGAUAAUGAGGCUUUGGAACUUUUUGGUGAGAUGUGGCAGCAGGGUCUUGAACCAGAUGAGGCGACUGUGGUCAUUGUUUUGCCUGUUUGUGCACGUUUGGGGGCUGUUGACGUUGGUCAAUGGAUACACUCUUACUCAGGUUCUAGAGGGCUUCUGCAAGAUGUUAUUUCUGUGGGAAAUUCGCUUGUAGAUUUUUAUUGUAAAUGUGGAAAUUUAGAAAUUGCAUGGAAUAUUUUUAAUGAAAUGCCGGUAAAAAAUGUCGUUUCAUGGAAUGCGAUGAUCUCGGGUCUGGCAUUUAAUGGGAAGGGUGAGACUGGGGUCAACUUGUUUGAGGAAAUGAUCAAGGAAGGUAUGAGCCCUAAUGGUGCAACGUUUGUAGGUGCUUUAGCUUGUUGUGCCCAUACAGGCUUGGUGGAAAGAGGACGAGAGUUGUUUGCUUCUAUGACAGCAAAUCACCAAAUCCAUCCGAAACUUGAGCAUUAUGGGUGUAUGGUUGAUCUUCUUGGGCGUAGUGGGUGUGUGGGGGAGGCUCAUGGCUUGAUUAGAAGCAUGGCAAUGAAGCCAAACGCUGCUUUAUGGGGUGCAUUGCUCAGUGCUUGCCGUACUCAUGGUGAUUCAGAGCUUGCAGAACUCUCAGUAAAAGAGCUGAUCAAUCUUGAACCAUGGAAUUCUGGUAAUUAUGUGCUCUUGUCAAAUAUAUAUGCGGAAGAAGGGAGGUGGGAUGAGGUCGAGAAGGUCCGGGUUUUAAUGAAGGAAAAUUGCGUCAAGAAAGCACCAGGGCAGAGUGUGAUUAAAUAGUUAUGAAAUGUCACUUUGUCCUUAUUCUUGGAUGGUAAGGUAAUUGUACAUGGUCGAUGCUUAGGGAAUGACUUUCAGCAAAGGCAAAGGAGGCUGAAUGAUUUGGGUAUCUCCCUAGAUCCCGGUCAUAUAUAUGAAGAGGAUUAUGAGACCACAUGAAAAUGGGAGCAGGAGGCAGAAAGGAAGCUAACCUGCGGAUGGGGUAAGAAAACUUACAACUAGGUUUCUUAUGGAGAGAGUAUACCCUGAGAAAUACAUUUAGUGAAACGCGGUUAGAGUUCGAGAUAUCCUGCUAAGUACAUAUCUAAGCAUCAUAGUGUCCUUUCGGGGGAAAUCUCUCUCUUUUUCUCCAUCACAAAUAUAAAGAAAGAAAAAACUUGGUUACAUUCUUCUAAAUGAAGUACAUCAAGACAGCCAUCGGACAUCGUAUGUUAUCAUUUUCUCCAAUGAUACUUCAAACUGUCAUAUGAGAUGGAAAAACAGCAAACAAUAAUAAGCAUGAAAGUGUGGAAGCUGAUCGAGUUUGGCAAUCGGUGUGCAUUGCUUGUUACUCCUUCAAUAUACUGUCCCACAUUGAAAUUCCCUAUACAAACAGAAACUUUUGUUAUUAAUCGAAUACUUGUUCGUCUUAA